UAUAAGAAGAUUGGUUGAGAGUCCGCCAUCUCCCGCGGAGCUGCCGGUCUUCUUCUCCGAGCUUGCGGACUCACGGACAGGCGUCCUCAGCGCAAAGAGGCCGGACUCGGAGUCGUCGCCUUGAGCCUUGCAUCUGAGAAGUUCCAGGUACUUUGUACAACCACUGUCACAGAAGCUGUGUGUUUUCAGUACCUUUGUAAGUGAUGGCUGCCAUCAGAAAGAAACUGGUGAUUGUUGGUGAUGGAGCUUGUGGUAAGAAGUGCUUGCUCAUAGUCUUCAGCAAGGACCAAUUCCCAGAGGUUUAUGUGCCCACGGUGUUUGAAAACUAUGUGGCAGAUAUUGAAGUGGAUGGGAAGCAGGUAGAGUUGGCUUUGUGGGACACAGCUGGACAGGAAGAUUAUGAUCGCCUGAGGCCUCUCUCCUACCCAGACACGGAUGUUAUACUGAUGUGCUUCUCCAUUGACAGCCCUGAUAGUUUAGAAAACAUCCCAGAAAAAUGGACUCCAGAAGUCAAGCAUUUCUGUCCCAAUGUGCCCAUCAUCCUGGUUGGGAACAAGAAGGAUCUUCGGAAUGAUGAGCACACAAGGCGGGAAUUAGCCAAAAUGAAGCAGGAGCCGGUAAAACCUGAAGAAGGCAGAGAUAUGGCAAACAGAAUUGGUGCUUUUGGGUACAUGGAGUGUUCAGCAAAGACCAGAGAUGGAGUGAGAGAGGUUUUUGAAAUGGCCACGAGAGUGCUGUGGCACACAGCGGAGGCUAACAUCAGAAAACUGCGAGCUCACUGCUCAGAAGACGGCAACAUUCUGAAAACUUGCACUACUGCAAAGGUUCUCAAAGCGUUAUCCACAGCAUCGGCACAGCACGGGAACAGUCAGAAAUGGACCCUCUCAGGCUUCGCUCGAACACACAGAGCAGAAACUGCCAAUGUGCCCUUCCCGGGAGAUGCUGACAAAGCUGGAGUUUAA